AUGAAGAAGUCCUUAAUAGAUAUGUACUCCGAUGUAUUAGAUGAACUAUCAGGAUAUGAUUCAACAUACAAUACACAAGAUUACUUACCUAGGGUUGUAGUUGUAGGAGACCAGAGUUCUGGGAAAACAAGUACUUUAGAAAUGAUAGCUGGUGCAAGAAUAUUUCCAAGAGGAUCAGGAGAAAUGAUGACACGAGCUCCAGGUAAAGUUACUUUGAGUGAAGGACCAUACCAUAUAGCAGGAUUUAAAGACGGUAACACAGAAUAUGAUCUCGCUAAAGAAUAUCAGUUGGCAGAAUUACGCAGUGAAGUAGAAAAGUAAAUGAAAAAAAGUGUUCAGGAAGGACAAACUGUCAGUAAGGAGUGUAUAUCAAUGACAGUGAAAGGUCCAGGUAUACAGAGAAUGGUACUAGUUGACUUACCUGGGAUUAUCUCUACUGAGACUUCUGUUAUGGCAAAAGACACAAGAGAAGAUACCAAAGACAUGGUGAGGACCUAUAUGGAAAAUCUUAAUGCCAUUAUUCUGUGUAUACAAGCUGGGUCUUUAGAUGCUGCUAGAAGUAAUGUUACUGACAUUGUGAGAGAGACAGAUCCACAAGGAAAACGUACAAUAUUUGUUCUUACCAAGGCUGAUAUGGUGGAAAAUAACUUAGUUAAGCCAGAAAGGAUUAAACAAAUACUGGCAGGACAAUUGUUCCCUAUGAAUGCGUUGGCUUAUUUUGCAGUAGUUACUGGAAAGGGUAACAGUAAUGACAGUAUACAGACUAUAAAGGAAUACGAGAAACAGUUCUUCCAAAAAUCUAAAUUAUUCAAAGAUGGUGUGCUAAAACCAAGUACAACAAAUACACAAAACCUUAGUAUGUCUGUGUCAGAGUUAUUCUGGAAAAUGGUUAAAGAAACUGUGGAACAACAAGCUGAUGCUUUUAAAGCUCAAAGAUUUAAUUUAGAAACAGAAUGGAAGAAUACAUUCCCAAGGUUACGAGAAUUAGAUAGGGAUGCAUUUUCUAAGAAAAUUUGGGAUAAGAAUGCACCUUACAUAUUUGAGAAUAUUUAUCUACCUGCUGCACAGGCACAAAACUUAGGAGAAUUAAAUACCAAUAUUGAUGUAAAAUUAGCAAAAUGGGCAUCUAAUGUACUACCCAAGAAAUGUGUUGAGGUUGGAUGGGAUACACUUCAUGACGAGUUCCAGAGAAUUGUGGAAGAAGAUAAGAAGCGUAAAGAUCAUGAUGAAAUAUUUGACCAGUUAAAGUUGGCAGUGGUAGCUACCAGUAAAGCAAAACACCAUUGGGAGGGCAAAGCAGAGGAUAGUUUGAGAGUAAUGCAGAAAAAUACACUAGACGACAAAACAAUACCAGACAAACAACAUAGGGGUAUGGCUGUCAAAUUUAUGGAGGAAACUCACAGAGAAAAGUUACAACAAACUGAAAGUAAACUAAAAGAGCUGACAGGACCAAGCACAAGUGAACAAUGGCUAAGUUGGCAGUACAAAACAGAACAACAUAAACAGAGAGAUCAAGCUAAGGCUGAACUGGAUAAGAUUCUUAGUAUAGAACCUGAGAGAGAUUACUGGUCUACUCUGGUUGAUCCUAGAGUGUAUGUAGGCAGUUCUGAUGCUGGUGUGACCUGUAGUAAUAUUUUUAUUGAUAGAUUAAAGAAACAUGCAUGGCACCAUGUAUACAGACAACAUUUUGUAAAGAAGUCCUUGUCACAGGCUCAGGAAUGUAGAAAAGGCUUUUAUUAUUAUAAAGAAGGCUUCUCCGAUUUUGGGUUGGAUUGUAGUGAUGUUGUUUUAUUUUGGAGAUUACAUAGAAUGUUACAAGUAACCAGCAAUGCUCUGAGACAACAGGUUGUAAAUAAUGAAGCUAGAAGAUUAGAACGAAUAAUAAAAGAAGUAUUAGAAGAAUAUAGUGAAAAUAAAAACACUUUAAAGACAUUGUUAACAGGAAGGAGAGUUACGCUUGCUGAAGAAUUAAAAACAGUCGGACAGAUUCAAGAAAAGUUAGAAGAAUUCAUUCAAGCUCUAAAUAAAGAAAAAUAAAACCAUUAAAAGACAUAAGAAUAUCUGUGAUCAUAUUAUAACUGGUGUAACUAGUCCAUGCUGUUGAUAUAAGAACUCUUAUAAAUGUGCAGUUGGUUGUUUGUUUCUCCACCAAUCGAUGCAUGAUAUUUACUUAUCAAAUCAAUUUUGGUAUACAUUUUAAUACAUGGACAUUUUAUUUGAUCAUAUUAUAACUGGUAUAACUAGUCCAUGCUAUAGAUAUAACAUCUCUGAUAAAUGUGCAGUUGUUUGUUUCUCCACCAAUCAAUGCAUGAUAUUUACUUGUCAGAUCAAUUUUUAUACCCCACGCAACGAGUUGCGGAGGGUAUAAUGUUUUUGACUCAUCCGUCCGUCCGUCUGUUUGUCCGUCCGUCAGUCCGUCAGUCCUAUUUCUUGUCAUCGCAACUCCUCUCAAACCACACAACAGAAUUUCACGAAACCUUUUUAGAUAAUAAGGACAUACUAUGUAGUUGUGCAUAUCGACAGGAAAUUACGAUUCAAUUUGUUUUCUAGGAGUUACGCCCCUUUGAACUUAUUUACUUUAAUGUACUACUGCAACCUUUUGUCAUCGCAACUCCUCUCAAACCACACAACAGAAUUUCAUGAAACCUUUUCAGAUAAUAAGGACAUACAACGUAGAUGUGCAUAUCGACAGGAAAUUACCAUUCAAUUUUUUUUCCAGGAGUUACGCCCCUUUGAACUUAUUUGCCAAAUAUACUACUGCAACCUUUUGUCAUCGCAACUCCUCUCAAACCACACAACAGAAUUUCAUGAAACCUUUUCAGAUGAUAAGGACAUACAACGUUGAUGUGCAUAUUGACAGGAAAUUACGAUUCAAUUUUUUUUCCAGGAGUUACGCCCCUUUGAACUUAUUUGCCCAAUAUACUACUGCAACCUUUUGUCAUCGCAACUCCUCUCAAACCACACAACAGAAUUUAAUGAAACUGUGUAUAUAAUAAGGACAUACUAUGUAGAUGUGCAUAUUGACAGGAAAUUAUGAUUCAAUUUUUUUUUCUGAUUCAAUUUUUUUUUCUUACACUUAUUUUAUUUCUCCAAUGACAAUGUGGGGACGUGGGGUAUGUGAGCGCGCUCACUAAGGUUCUUUAAUGGUGUAAAUUUUUUCACAUGUACAUUUUAUGGUAAAUGUAAAUAUAUUUUUGUUUUUGGCA